CGCAAAUGUAUACGUUAAAAAGUCACUCGUGAUAAAAAUGCAUGCUCUAUAAAUAUAUAUCAGGACAAUCAACCUUUUCGGUACUUUCAUCUCAUCUUACUCUGUACCAUUCACAAACUUUUCAAAAAAAAACUUGUGACUAUGGGUAGCUCACAACAAGUACUUCAUGUUGGUAUACUCUCAAGUCCAGGCUUAGGGCAUAUAAUCCCCGUAUUAGCCCUCGGCAACCGCCUCGCCACCCUCCAUAACGUCUCAGUCACUGUUUUUGUAAUCACCUCCGGCAGCUCUCCUGCCGAAACAGAAAUACUCAAAUCCGCCAAUAAAUUGGAGCUGAUUGAUAUAGUUGAAAUACCAGCUGUAGAUAUCUCCAACCUUGUUGAUUCCAACACAAAAGUAUGCACUCAACUUUAUGUACUUGUUCGUGAAGCGUUACAUCAUGUUAAAUCUGCGAUAUCUGGAAUGAGGCAUAUUCUGGAUGCUCUCAUUGUUGAUCUUUUCUGUACUGAAGCCUUGGCAAUUGCUAAAGAAUUUGGAUUACCUAAUUAUGUGUUUAUUCCAACGAAUGCAUGGUUUACUGCUUUGACUGUAUACUGUCCGGUUCUUGAUGAAGAAAUUGAAGGUCAAUAUGUUGAUCAGGUCGAACCGUUGAAAAUCCCAGGUUGUAAAUCGGUUCGACCUGAAGAUGUGGUUGAUGCAAUGCUGGACCGGAAUGAUCAGGAGUAUCACGAGUACAUGAGAGCAGGCUUGGGGUUCUGUUUGUCGGAUGGGAUUUUAAUGAACACUUGGGAAGGCGCGGAGGCUGGUUCACUCAAAGCGUUCAGGGAAAAUGAAAUAAUUAAAGCAAUCGUGAAUUCACCAGUUUAUCCGAUUGGGCCAUUAACAAGACACGACCAACAAAUCAUAGAUGAGAGUACUAAUGAUGACAGAAAUUUUGUCCUGAAUUGGCUGGAUCAACAAACUCCUUAUUCAGUGCUAUACAUAUCAUUCGGG